GGGAAAACUGAGGCAGCCGCGGUCCCACAAGCCAGAGGUGACCGCAGAUCUGCCCACAUGAUGCUGAGCAACGCGUGGAAUUGGGCCAAGAAGCAUCGGCGGAAGAUCAUCGUCGGUGCUGUGGUGGUUGGAGGGGCCAUUUAUAUCGGGAGGAAGCUCUACCGAAGGGCCAGGGCAAGCCUCGACGAUGUGAGCCACUUUGGUGCGAAGCGAAAGUGGUUGAGUGAUCUCUGUUUCUCUCUCUCUCUUUAAGUUGCUGAACAGCGACCACCUGAAGAAUGAUCUGCUGCGGCAGAUAUCGCUGGGACGGUCCGCCGAAUGGAAGUGAGCGCGAUGAAUGGAUGGAUGAAUUGAUGGACUGCGCUUUGGAUGCAAGGGACCAACCAUCGCACCCUGCCUUGUGUGUGUGGUAGGAUGACGCUUCACUACCAGAGGAACCAGAAGGUGUCCGACAUGACGGUCAAGAAGAACCUCGAGAACCUCCGGACCAAACUGUUCGAGCUGUUCGAGAUCAACGACCUCACACAGACGCUGCGCGACAACAGCCAUCAGGUGGGUGGGUGCAGAAGUCGGGAGGGGGCCAUCACGAAGGCCUGACUCUACAUGUAUGUGUCGUGUGAUGCAAUGCAGUUGUCGCCCGACCAGAAGAGCGCCUACUUCAACCAGAUCAAGAUCCAGUGUGAGCAAAGCAACAGCUGCACGCACGCCUCUGUGGAUGGAUAAGUUGGUUGUGAUUCACUCACCCGUCGAUCUGUCAGGUCUAUCUCGUGCAGUGAGCUCCCUCUACGCCCUCCACCUGCUGCUGCUCCUGCACAGGUGAGUGAGUGAGUACAACGAACGGCCCAGUCGUCCGUCCACAGAGAGUGCUCUGCUGUUCCUCUGAUUGCCCUGUGAAAACACCCAGGUUGGAGAUCAACAUUAUCGGCAAGCAGAUGUUUGGCGACGACCGGCGGGCGGGCACCGAGCAGGAGAAGGCACACGACGAAAACUACGCAUUCCUCUCGUCAACCAGAUACAUACAGGUACAGCUGCUGGCAGCCAUCCAAUGGCCCACCGAGCAACACGAUCGCCAUUCCAAUGUGUGUACGUUGCUGCUUGUGUGUGCAGGAGGCUGAGGGUCUUCGUGUGAUCGUCAAGGGUGUGACUCGUGCGGUUGAGGCGUGUGCGGGCGAGCUGCAGCCGCAGCAUGAGCUGAGCCUGGAGGAGCUGCUCACUCUCCUCAAAGACAUUGCCAGCAAGGCUGACGUGGAACUGUGAGUGUACGCACAUUGACUGACUGACACAUGGAGAUCGGACUGUGUUGUCGGCCGAUUGGUUGGUUGAUUGGCUCACUCAGCAUCAAUGACGGGUUGGCUGUCAACACCGCCCUGCCGGACAACGUGCAGGACCUGUGCGACAACGAGUGAGUGAGGGUGGCACAAGGGAGGGAAGAGAUAGAAGGAAGAAAUGCGAUGCGUAUAUCACAUCACAUUCCCCUCUCUCUGGUGUCCUUGCUCGCCAGGCGGCUAUCGCCUGACGGCUGCCGCCUCGUGGCGCAAUUCCUGUCUGAAACACGAGACUUCCUGGAAAGGUCAGGACUGCAGAUAGAUAGAUGCACCCAGCAAACAAAACACACAAAGCACCAAAUCAGGCGGAUGCACGUCUGUGCGCCUCUUUGUCCCUUCAGCCCCCAGUUUGUGUCUGUCUUUCGGUUGGUGAUCGAUCGCGCCCUCAAGAAGACGGUCGAGAGGCUCAGCGACAAAUUCCAACCGGGUGGGUGAGCACAGCGAGAGGGCUUUCCUUACUCCUUCAUGUGCUCACAUCUGUGUGUGCCGUGGUUGGCUGUUUGAUGCAGGUCAGCGGUUCCCGCUUGCCCGCACGUUUGGCCGUUUCUGCCAGCUGAGUGAGGAGGUGCUGUCGUCGACAUUCAGCAACGCAUACAUCGAGGACUUCGCAAACACACCUGCCGUCAACGAACUCUCAGAGGUCAGCCAGGCAGCCAGACACGCACACGUGAAUUGGGUCAGCUCCUGUGUGUUUCUGCGGGUGUCCAUGCAUGUGCUCAUGUGUCAGAUGGUGUAUUUCCCCCCCGACUACGAGCAGGGCAAGAUAUCCAAGACACCGUCCAUCGGGGCUCUCAUGGAGAGGCUGCAGUUCAGCCCAUAGCUAGCGAUGGUGGACAUGGCUGCAGGUAGACAGGGGCCUUCCUUCCUUCCUCUCCGUGCAGCCAAUGCCCACCAUGUCGGUGUGCAGCCACCCACUUGUGUACGUGUCACUUUCCGUGUACCAUACAUACAUGCACAAAAAUACAGACAGACUACGCUGUUAGAGGCGGGCAGUAGGAAACCUCUACGGCCCCGAUGGAUAUAUGAGUGAGUGCUUCUGUUCAUAUUUGUUAGUCACUGAUAUGUGUGUGUAUGUGUGCGGUUUAUUGGUACAUACGGACAUCCCUGAUGGAUGAUGGAUUGACAUCUCGUGGGCUGAAACGUGUUCUAUUUCGC